AUGCCAUCUCUGGAUCAAAUUCCGGCCCGGCACAAUGACCAGGUCGAAGCCAACUCCGACGAUGAAGCGGACCCCGAACUGGUAGAGCUUCUGCGCCAGCAUCUCGGACUCGGUGGCGGGAAAGUAAAGGAUGCUCCUCCAGAGACCAAAGUACUUGAGGGUGCUCAGUAUGUCUUUGACAAUGCCAUUGAUGUGGCUGUCAGCCGCGAGUUUACUAAAGAAGCUGCCGAAACGAUAUGGCGUCUCAUGCAGAAGAAAGAGUACUCUACGCAGACGUGGUCGGAGCAUGAAUUGCAUCCUCAGACUAAAGAUGAAAGCACCGUUGACUUCAUUUUUACCAUGGAUUUGCUGAAUUUCAGCUUCUGGUCUGCGGAAGAAGAGGCUCCCAAGCGCUUCUGUAUUGAGUACCGGGGCAAGCUUUGGACUGGCUAUUGGAGUUUGGUUGCUGCUUUGCAAAGAGCUCUCGAUGAAGAUAUCCCCAUCACAACCCCUGAUUUCUGGGUGGACGAAGAAAGAUGCACAGAAGAAGUGCUCCGACAUGUCUUCAGAUCUGCGACAGACGAAGAAAUCCCUAUGUUCAAGGAACGAGUACAGUGUCUCCGCGAAGCAGGCGAAGUUCUAUGUGAAGAAUUCGGCGGUAGUUUUGCAAACUGCGUGGAUAGCGCGAACCUCUCAGCCGCAGGGCUAGUGAACCUGUUGACAGAAAACUUCUCAUGUUUCCGCGAUGAAACCAUCUUUCACGGACGCAGAGUCCGACUCUACAAACGGGCUCAGAUCCUGGUUGCCGAUCUAUGGGCUUGCUUCAAUGGCGAAGACUUUGGUGAAUUCCACGACAUUGAUAAAAUCACCAUGUUUGCAGACUAUCGUAUCCCGCAAAUGCUCCACCAGCUGAACUGCAUACGCUAUGCUCCCAAAUUAGAGUCUCACAUCCGUGACCUGAAGCCUAUUGAGCCAGGGUCGAAUUGGGAAGUUGAGCUCCGAGGCACGAGUAUCUGGUGUGUGGAAUUGAUCAAACGAGAGAUCGAGCGGUGUCACCCAGAGGUCAAGAUGAGCGGUAAAAAGCCAUCCCCGAAAGCCACUGAUGACAAUGAUGCAAAUGACGACAACGAGAACGAGGAGAACAAAGCAAUCGAGAAGGCAGAUGAUGAUAAUGAUACACCGAGAAGGACAUAUGGCAUCAACGCUAUCCUCAUUGACUUCUUCUUGUACGACACGAUGAAGAAUCUUGAGGCGGAGCAUAAUGAGUCGAUUCCUCACCAUCGCACGAGGAGUAUUUGGUAUUAA